UCUUCAGAUAGAGAAUUGGGUGUCUGAAGAACAGAGGAAGAUAGUUGAUACUAUGGCAAAGGUGGGUCUACUGUUGUCUGGUUUGAUUGAAGAUGCGACUGGUGAUUCGGGUUUGGGUUGCAGUAGGAUAGAGUUGAAGUCUCAUGCUUUUAGCCUCAAUUCGAUGUUGAAGGAGGUUGCAAGCGUUGGGAAGUUAAUGUGUGAUAUCAGAGGCCUGAAUUUUGAAAUUCAGGUUUGCGGGAAGGUGUCAGGACAGGUGAUUGGGGAUGAAAUGAGGAUCAUUCAGGCCAUUUUAUUGAUGGUUGUUAAGAUUUUGGGUUUUCAAGAAUGUGGCACUGUUUUUGUAUCUGUAGUUGUAGAAGAUGGUUCUCAGGAGUGGAAGCAAUAUGUAUGCAAGGGAUUGGUUCUCUUGAAAUUUGAAAUCCGUGGAGUUUACUCGGGAAAAAACUACCCGAGUUUGUUGCAAAUGCGAAAGAAUUUCGAGAACAACAGAUAUGAAGACAGAAAUCCUUGGAAUGGUUUCAGCGUUUGUGAAAAAAUGGCCAAGCUCAUGCAUGGGAGUGCAUCAAUUGGCCACAACUCAAAAGACCUAAGUAGAACCUUGAAAUUGACAAUCAGAUUACCCAUUCGACAUUCACAUGGAGGUCUUGUUCAACCGAGGCUUAUGGACCCUGAGACUGUGCGGUGCCUUUUGAAAGGAAUGAAAACAAGCCUUGCAGAUAGUGAUGGUUUCAACCAAUAUGCUACCAGGAAGCAUUUAGAAAACAUGGGAUGUCAUCUAACAACUGUGUCGUCUUGGGGCCAAUGCUUGGAAACGCUUCGUUCAAGCAAGAACUACUACCAUCUACUACUAAUAGACCUAGACAUUUUUGAGGAAGAGGGUAGUGAAGUGAUUGCUCAGAUAAGAAAAUUAAGAUUGGAAAGCUGCCUUCGAAUAGUUGUGUUGACAUCAAGGUCUGACAGUGAUAUCUGGGAUAGGUGUGUUCAGUAUGGAUUUCAUGGUGUUAUUCGCAAGCCUAUUGUUUUGCAAGAGAUGGAAGAUGAGUUGCAAAGGAUUUUUCACCAAACAAGGGUACACUCUCCUCCUAUACAAAACAACCGGAAUGACUAAACGUUUUAACUUUCUGUUUACCCCUAUAGAGACGGUGGUUCCUUCGCUUAACAUCCUCGUAUAUCAGAUAACAAUGGAAAGAGAGAUAGAAAAAGAACCAGUGUUUGACUUAGAAAAUUCAAACCUACCAUUUAGUUUUUGUCCCCGUCCUUCAGGUACAUGGAAUGUGGAGGUUCAAUGUUGCAUUAUCUAAGUGAAUUCCUAGAUUGAUUUGUAUUUUCUUUGUGGUUCAAUUAAUCUCUAUACCCAUUUACUUCUAAUU